AAUAAUAACCAAUAAAGGAAAACGGGCCGGCCAGCUCCGACCAAAGCUCUCCAAUGAAUCCACGAUGAGCUAUAUAUUUGAUGUCUGCGAUUCCAUUGUCGGCAUCCGAGUGUUCUUUUUCAGAAAUAUAAAAAAGGUGAUGGUUCUUCAGCCUUUGCUGGACCCUUAGCUCACAGAGAUCCACUUUUCCUUUUUUUUUUCUUCUUCUCAUUUUCUUCAGGCCAUUUUCCUCCUUCCCAAUCAGAGUGAGCACCGAUACGGAGAGUCAGGAGCUUCGGUGGUCACUGUCACCAGGAGCUAUGGCUUUUCAGCGGCGCCGCAACCACUAUUAUAAUCGGUUUAGAUUCCUUAUCCCUUUCAUUUCGUCCAUUUUCGGUGGCCUGCUUCUUUUCUUUGCACUUCUCUCUUUUCUUGCUCCUUCUCCCAAUGUUUCCGAUCAUACCCGCCGCAUUCCUCCGUUCAAUGCUGCUUCCGACAAGGCGAUUGGAGUUUCGCAUUUCCGCGUUCCGCGCAAUGGAGCUAGAUCCGGCCGUGAUCUUUGGACUUCCAGAAAUGCGAAGUUCUACUCUGGAUGCAGUAAUGCUAGCAACAAGUUCCGGAAAGCUAAUGCCAUUACUCAUCCGAAUCGUUAUUUGCUGAUUGCAACUAGUGGAGGUUUAAAUCAACAAAGAACUGGGAUAACAGAUGCAGUUGUUGCAGCACGCAUAUUAAAUGCCACCCUUAUUGUGCCUAAGCUUGAUCAAAAGUCCUUUUGGAAGGAUUCCAGCAACUUUUCAGAGAUCUUCAAUGUUGAUUGGUUUAUAUCAUUCCUGUCAAAAGAUGUGAAAAUAAUUCAUCAUCUGCCAAAAAGAGGCAGGAAAACAUGGAAUGCUCACUCAAUGCGUGUCCCCAGGAAAUGUAGUGAAAGAUGUUAUCAGAACCGUGUCUUACCUGUUCUUUUGAAAAGAAUGUGUCAGGCUAUUCAGCUCUCCAAGUUCGAUUAUAGACUAGCAAACAAGUUGGAGACAGAUUUACAGAAACUGAGAUGCAGAGUUAACUACCAUGCCUUGAAAUUCACAGACUCAAUAGAGAAAAUGGGUGAAAAAUUGGUCCAUCGAAUGCGGGCAAGAAGCAAGCAUUACAUUGCUUUGCACCUCAGGUUUGAACCAGAUAUGCUAGCAUUCUCUGGUUGCUAUUACGGUGGAGGUGAAAAGGAAAGGAGAGAACUCGGAAAAAUUCGAAGGCGAUGGAAAACAUUACAUCAAGUCAGCAAUCCUGAGAAGGAAAGGAGGCAUGGAAAAUGCCCACUGACUCCAGAAGAGGUUGGUUUGAUGCUGAGAGCGCUGGGAUAUGGGCAGGACGUCCAUAUCUAUGUGGCAUCUGGAGAAGUGUAUGGAGGGGAAGAGACGCUAGCCCCUCUGAAAGCCCUUUUUCCUAAUUUCUAUUCCAAAGAAACCAUAGCUUCCAAACAGGAAUUGGAAAAAUUUUCUUCAUAUUCCUCUCGCAUGGCUGCGCUGGACUUUAUUGUCUGCGACGAGAGUGAUGUAUUUGUCACCAACAAUAAUGGAAAUAUGGCAAGAAUACUGGCUGGAAGAAGAAGAUACUUCGGACACAAGCCUACCAUUCGUCCAAAUGCCAAAAAACUGUAUAGGUUGUUCAUGAACAGAGCCAACAUGACAUGGGGAGCAUUUUCCUCCAGAGUAAGAACAUAUCAGAGAGGCUUCAUGGGGGAGCCAAAUGAGAUGCGGCCUGGCAGGGGUGAAUUUCAUGAAAACCCAUCGCCUUGUAUAUGCGAAGAGGCCGGGUUUCAUGUCAAGUCUGAUAAUUCAGGACCCAGAGAACAUGAUACGACACGAAGAAGAGACGAGGCUGCGACAGUAGGCGACGACCAAAACAAUGAUUAUGAGCCAGAAUGGCCGGACUCAGAAGAAGAGGAAGAACAAGUUGAGUUCCAAGAUAAAGAUCCGUUCAACACAAGUGUGGAAUAUGAGGGAAGUAACUAUGAGGAGCCAAAUUUGGAAUUGGAAGAGAUUCUGUCGGACUAAACGAGCUGAUCCUUACUAAAGUGAGUACUUUACUAACCUUUAUUUUCACUCAGAAAUUGUUGAUUCAACAAGAGCUGUUGAUUUUUAGUGCAGUGUAUAUAACAACCCCAUGUAACAGUACAGUCAGAUCUUGUAUCGACAAUUUGAGUAUCUCAAUUAAAGUGGCGUGGUUGGACUCU